AUGUCCGAGUCUGCGCCAGGGUCUUCUGCUGCUGCAGCAGCAGCAGCAGCAGCAGGGGAGGAAAACGGCGCUGCGGACCCGCGCCCGGCCGCUGCUGACCCCCCAACCAGCAGCAGCAGCAGCAGCAGCAGCAGCAGCAGCAUUGGGGAGGUCGUUGCGCCGACGGUGUACGGGUCGACGUACACGACUCCGUCGAGUUACCCAGCAGCAGCAGCAGCAGGAGCAGCAGCAACAGCAGCAGCAAGUGCUGCAGUGCUGCAGCCGUCAGCAGCAGUCCCGAAGAACGCGACAGUGGUCCGCGGCUGCAGCUUCAGCAGCUUUCCCUCGCUGCUGCAGCUGACAGCAAGUUUGCUGCCGACGGGGCUGCAGGCGACGCAGCUGGGCCGGGCCAUCGAAGUGGUGGAAGCAAUGCUGGACUGGCGGCCGCCGACGCAGCAGCAGCAGCAGCAGCAGCAGCAGCAGCGGCGGCAGCGGCGGCAGCGGAAGCAGCAGAUCCGGCAGCUGCUAGCGCAGCACAACCUGCUGCGCGCGCGCAGCAGCAGCUCCCCCGCCGCCUCCUUCAGCAGCAGCAGCGACCUCAGCAGCAGCAGCAGCAGCAGCAGCAGCAGCGACGAAGACCCACCCCCAGAACCGCAGCAGCAGCAGCAGCAGCAGCAGCAGCAGCGGUGCGCGAUCUGGGUGAGCUUCACCUCGAAUAUGAUGAGCAGCGGGGUCCGGGAAAGCCUCGUCUUCCUCGCAAGACACAAACUAAUUGCUGCUGCAGUGACUUCGGGGGGAGGAAUUGAAGAAGAUAUAAUAAAGUGCUUCGGCCCCACACUUGUGGGGUCUUUUCUGCUGCGGGGCCCCCGGCUGCGCCGCCGCGGGUGGAACCGCAUUGGCAAUUUGAUUUUGCCCAACGAGAACUACUGCAAGUUCGAGGACUGGCUGCAGCCGCAGCUCGACUUGCUGCUGCAGCAGCAGCAGCAGCGGCUCGCUGCGGCCCUCGAACGCUGCCGCAGCAGCAGCAGCAGCAGCAAGGCACUCACCAGCAGCAGCAGCAGCAGCAGCAGAAACAGCAGCAGCAAAGACAAAGAGGAAACGAGCAGCAGCAGCAGCAAACCGCAGCAGCAGCAGCAGCAGCAGCAGCAGCAGCAGGAGCUGCCGUGUCUGUCGGAAGUGACCAUGACCCCCUCGGAGUUGGCCCGGGCUUUGGGCGCUGCGCUGCAGCAGCACCCGCGGCGGGAAGAAAGCUUUCUGUACUGGUGCAGCAGGAACUCCAUUCCUGUCUUUUGUCCGGGGAUUACUGACGGAAGUUUGGGAGAUAAUUUAUAUUUUCAUCAUUUCAGAAAUCCCGGAUUGGUGAUAGAUGUGGCCCGAGACGUUGCUGCAGCAAACCAACUUGCUGCCAGCUGCUGCUGCAGCGGGCUGCUGCUGCUCGGCGGCGGCGCCCCCAAACACCACGCAGCAAACGCCCAGCUGAUGCGCGGCGGCGCGGACUUCGCCGUAUAUUUGAAUUCAGCAGCAGAUUUCGACGGGAGCGAUUCUGGGGCAAGACCGGACGAAGCAAGAAGCUGGGGGAAGCUAAGAGCUGCUGCUGCAGCAGCAAAGGUCACUGCGGACGCUUCGAUCACUUUUCCCAUUCUUGUUGCUGCUACUUUCGCUAAAAGACACUUUAUGGAGAAGGGGGGGGGAGGGGC